GCCAGCUGACCACUUUACGGCCAUGAGGGAAGAGAGGAAAAUGUUUUAUGCCGAACUUUCAUGCUCUAAAGUAUUUGAUAUAUAUAUAAACUGCUAAUCCAUGUUGGUCGGGCGUUGAAAAAAGGUUCAAAACCAGACGGCUCGCUUCCUCCACCACCAUGGGAAGCUCAGCUAGCAGCAGAUGGCAUUGGAAGCCCAGUAGCAGGAUCUCAAUACCCAUCACAGCCCAUGCAAGUUACUCAGGUGGUCGUCACUCACAGUCAGCCACUGACCAACCCUAUGCACCCGAUGGGACCAAUGGGAACCGAUCCUGGAGUGGGAAUCUAUAUCCAACCAGUUACAAGCGCCCCGAUGUCACCCAUGAGCAAUUCGGCAGCUGGAGGACAGGGCAACCCAUAUUUUGGAAUGCAGUAUCCCCAGCAAGCCGGAGGGGGGCAGUACAUUGGGAUGGGAAUGGCCCCACAGUUACCAAUGUAUCCUCAACAGCAACAGCAGCUGCAGCAGCUACAGCUACAGCAACAGCAACAGCAGCUACAGCAACAGCAGCAGAUGUAUAGCAACCAAAUGGCAGGAUAUGGAGGAUAUGGUGGUGGUAUGUACGGACAGCAACCGCAGCAACAUCAGCUGACGCCUCAGCAGCAGCGGUACCUAGAGCAGAAAAUGUAUGGAAUGUCGGUGAGAGACGACAGCAGCUUGAGAAGCUCGUCUUCUUACGGGCUACCUUCAUCGAACUCUUCGUCUAUGGUCCCAAAGCCAUCAAAGCCGGAAGAUAAGCUGUUUGGUGAUCUGGUCGACCUUACCAAGUUCAAGCCGGCGAAAACUCCAGGGGGUAGUAUGUGACAUCUCCCUCAGUGACUGCUUUUCCAUUCUUUUUUCUUACAGCGUUUCUGGGUUUUUUCUCUUCAUUCCCUCGAUCAGCUUCUGUUGUUUUACCAAGUAGUUUGGUAAUAACUUGCAUCUUCAUAUGUUUGUUUUACUUUGAUUACAUGUAUUCCUUGGCGUUUUGGUCCUCCCUCAUAAGUUUUGGUCCUGGCCUGGCUAUAAUAAUCACUUUCUGUACAUGAUUGUUGUUUAGAGAGAGGGAGGGAGGGAGGGAGGGAGAGAGAGAGAGAGAGAGAGAGAGAGGGAGGGAACCUUCAAAUAUAUACUGUAGAAGGGCAUCUGGUUUUCCCCCUAUAUGCAUGUUUAGGGUUUUGAACUUCUUACUUUGUUUCAUGGACAGUACUGUUCUUGUUCCUGAUCAAUGUUGUGAAUAGGGGUAGUGGUUUGGUUUUUUGGUUUUAAUCGAAACGGUUUAUCGGUUUUCCUUGAUGGUUUCGCUUAAAUCGGAAAUCGUUACUGAACCGAUAAAAGUAGACAAGCUCU